UUUUUCUUUGUUUAUAGUAAAAGCGCAAUCAAAAUAUAAUUGCUAUAAUAACUAUGCUUUGACUGCGCUUUUAGUAGGUAUAGAUUUGGGACACAUGCCCUUGCACGUUGGUGGGUUUGUACACACCAAAUGUAUUGUUGCUCAAGGAACCAAAGACAUAAAGGUAAACGGACUUCGAGCUCCGACCAGUGGCGAAGUGGUGGUGGCCUUUCAGGACGCCAAUCAGGUUGUGAAAUCCUUCUUCGUCGGCCCUAAUUUUGAGGGCGCGGUGGUGGUGGUGCCAAACUCCACCAGCUCAAGCAACCGCGACGCGGUCACCGCCGCCGCGAGAGCCGAGGGUUUCAACGUCAUCGAAGUCAUCAACGAGCAAGCCGCGGUCGCCGCCGCUUACGUUGAGAUAGUGAAACCCACUUCGAACAAAAGGCUGGCCAUCGUCUCCGUCAUCAACGGCGUCCUCGACGUCAGCGUCGUCACCGUAAAGCCCGAUUUAGAAUUCGUUGUAGAAGCACACGAAACCCAUUUAGAACCCAUCGAGUUUGAGGAGCAAAAAAAGCAGGAGAGCAAGCACUCUGGGCCGGGCGGGCUGAUCGGAAUCGUGGGCGGAGUGGUCGGAGGCGUGGUGAAGACUCUGGUGGUGGAUCCGUUGGAUAUGGUAUUUGAUAUACUGUUGAAAUUGCUGUCAAGUCCAAAGCUGGGAAAGUCACCAGUGGAUGAGUUGGUUUUGAUCGGAAAGGCUUUCAGGUCUGAGAAGCUGAAAGAGGUGCUGAAGAAGAAAUUUCCCAAUGCGAGAGUCUGGUCGCCCAACGAUUUCGGGGCGGACGAAGUGGUGGCGUACGGCGCGGGAGUGCUCGCAUUUAAGCAGAAGCCGGCCGAUCCGAGUAUUGAGACCCCGCCGGCGAAGCAGCCGGUGGAUUACGAGGAAUCGGAUUCAGGAAAGGGAAAUGUGAAUGUUGUUGAGGAAAAACACGGGGAAGAAGGUGGCGAGGAAGAAAAACAUGGCGAAGAAGGUGGCGAGGAGAAAACGGAUCAAAGCUCGAAGAAAUUUGUGCCUAUUUCGAGUGUGAUUUUCUGAACUCGAAUC